CCAAGAAAUAAAAACCAGAUCGAUAGUCGACCUGUCAGCAGGAAGAGUACAAAGAAAAAACAACCAAAUACACCUAUACAAAUGUUAGAUAUGAGGAGAGAACAGAGAGCUUGCAGACCCAAACCAUGGACAGAAAAGGCACCAUUAAAACAUACCAAUAGAAACAAAUACAUAGAAACAUACUAUGAAAAUUGCUUGCCAGCAGAUGUAGACUUAGAAGAACUAAAGCUUCACUCCAGAAAAUUUGUCACUAAUUCUCGUUAUGGAAAUAUUUACCAAAUAAAAUACGACAAAAAACCGAGAAGCCCACUUGAGAAACCUGAAGAACCCGUGACUUGGCUGUGGGAGGAAGAUUACAAAGUUUGGUUACGUGAUAAUCAACGUUCAGGCAGGCAUUGUAAUGCAUAUCGCCUAAACAAACAGGAAAGACGGAAGGCUGCCAUUAAGAUUCAAACACGGUUCCGAGGAUACAGAGUUAGAGCACAUUUGGAUAAAUUAAAACGAAAGGUUGUUCUUGACCAUGGAAAAUCCUGGAAGAAUUUUAUCAAAGAGUACAAAGAACUGGUAGCAAGAAUACAAUCACGUUAUGGAUUAAUGAAUCAUUCUUGUCCAAUUGUACUGAGAGAGAUUGACGAGUUCAUGGAUACAAAGUAUAAAUAUGAAAGAGAAUUUGACAAGACUUCAGAAAAAGGAAAAUUAUUCAAAGAGGACUUGUCGCUGUUUUUGAAAAACUGUGAUCUUCAUCCGACAGAUAAGGAUAUAUCAACUGCAUUCAACAAAAUAUACAGAGGUUCUGGAAACACUGCUGAGGUGGUUCUUGUACUAGAUUGUUCAACUAGUAUUGGACCACUUGGGUUCCGUCGCCUGAUACAGUUUGUAAAGGAUUUAGUUUGUAUGUAUGAUAUAACUCCAGACCGAGUUAGAAUUGGUGUUCUUCCUUUUAAUGAAGAUAUAUUCCAGUCUUUCAGUAUAUCAACGCAUAGAACCCGACAUGACAUUCUAAAUGCAAUAGAUGCAAUUCGAUUGAAACAUGGACUAACACGAACCCACCUGGCUAUUAAAGAAAUGACAAAUAUGCUUUCGAAUGCUAGACCAGGUAUCAAGAAGAUAGGUAUUGUUAUAACCGAUGGAAAAUCGUCUGAGCCAGGCUGUACGGAGUUGGAAGCAAAACGAGCUAAUGCUGAUGGCAUAGAAGUUUAUGCAAUAGGCGUUGGUGAAAGUGUGGAUAAGAUAGAACUGUUGACUAUUGCCUCGACUGAUAAAACUAUGUACACAGUGGACAGCUAUAACGACCUUUUAGAUCUUACUCAAGUUAUUGCUAAAGUAACUCAUCCAGAGAAAACAACGAGUAAAAUAAGCUGUUGGGACAAUGGGAAAUGUCGUCCUCUAACAAAGAUAGAAAGUAUGGAAAUAUUAUGGACAUUGUAUCCACCUCCAGCUGCUAAUCUGUCGCAUGUCCGGAAGUCCAGAUGGAUCAGACCAAUAAUACAGGGAACUGAAGCAUGGUCCCUUUUGGACGAGAACACAAAAUCGUCUACUGACAUCAGAGCAUGUCUUCGAGUUGUUGUUCAGGCAAGAAUAAACAAAAAUGGCAAUGUCAUGCUCCCCUCGAAGAACAAAACUGGAGUCGAGUAUAUCACCGAUGUAGAUGAAGCUGUCACCUAUAUAGAAGAAUGGAUGAAAUGGCAACGGGAAAAUGAUAAAGAAUCAGAUUUUCAGUUUGGUUUGAAAAAUAAAGAUUACGAUUAAUAUUUUGUAGCCAUUGUACGUGAAUUUAAUGUAAAUAUGAAGUCUCGCUGACGGCAUAGGAAUAGUCUUAUACAGGUUAUACAUGUAGGUGAAGGACCAGUGACAAGUCUACGAUAAAAUGUGGAGAAAAACUUGGGAAGUGUGAAGUUUUAUGAUUGGAUGGUAGACACGCUGUAAUCAGGAAAAAAAAGACUGAACUGUUUUAUUUUAUAUUACCAUUUUCACUUUAAAUUUUUAACAUUUGGUCUGAGGCUCGAUAUUUAAUUAGCGGUUGAACAGAAUGUUGUCAGACAAACAAUAUUGGCUUUAUUACAGAAUUCCUCGUUUAUGUUUUUAUCCGAGGUCUUUCAUUUGCAAAAAAAUAUGAAAUCUGAAAUUGUGACCAUGGCCGAUAUAUGUAUAUCUGUGACUUGCAUUCUGAAAUAACAUUAAGAAAGUUUUGAUAUGAUAAUUUGCAGAGA